AUGCAGGAAGGCCAGCAGGAAGGCCAGCAGGGAGCUAUCCUUCUAGAAGAAAGUGAUGAGCACCAGGAAGCUCACGAUCGUAUACCUCAGGAGGUGGAUGCACCACUAAUCACCCCGGAACCUGACGGAGGAGGACACCUACUGGUAGACUAUGAUCCUCCGAAUGAUACCCUGGCUGGAUCGUUUCCGACGGAAGAGCUACCAGAAUUGCCACCGAGUCCGCUGGAGGAACAGAAUGCUAUACAAUUUGGCCCUGCCGCUGUUCAGGGGGUGGACCAGCAGACAAUUUCCUAG